AUGUGCCUCUUUGAGCUGACAAGAAGGUCACAUGGCUCACUUCUUUGCUUACUCACGCUUUCUAAGGCGUUGAAUGUACGCUGCGAAUUUUUAGCCCCAUAUUCCAAUACUCUCUGGUUGCUGGAGGAAAGCAAGAUGCCAGGAGAAAAGGCCGUUUGCGUUCUGUUGCCCAAUGGUAGCGAUGUUAAAGGAACCAUCCAUUUUGAGGAGGUAAGAGAAUUUCUAAAUGUUGCUGAAAAGCUACAGGUUUGGUAGUAAAUAACCAUAUUGAAUGUGUUGCGUUUCGUAAAGUUAUUAUAUCUACUUGACCCUCAGAGUGUUCGUUUAGAUAGUGCCUCGCUAGUAAAUUAUGAGGUAAUGAAUUAUGACUUUAAUUUAGUUUCGUCCACUUUCUCCUUAAUUUCAUGCAAUCUUUUAUUAUUUUUGAAUUUGUUCCAAUUUGACAACUCCCACAGUUGUUUGAUUGUUGGCGGGAGCAGAUUGUUGACCAUUUGAUGACCGUUUUAGUCCUUUUCGUUCCAUGUGGAUACUCCCGAUGCAUAUUCCCUUCCCAUAGUAUUGAGUUUGAGCUAUUAAUUGAAUCUUUCCACAGGUUCCACAUUUAAAAAAUUCUGACCAAUCGUGACAGAGUUACGCACAUAAUACCAAGUAACAUGUUGGGGGAAAAAUCCACUGCCAAUUUUUCUCUUUGCAAAUUAGAUUUGUCCCUUUCCUGCAAAGUUAGCCAGUCACAAUUCCAUGCAAUAAAGGCAAUAAAGUAGGCAACAAAACUGGCCUUAAGAAGAAAGGCAAUUACAGGGAAAAAAGAAAAUGGGAAAAAAAUGCUCGAAUUAAAUUUGCCAAAAAAAAGUUAUAAUGUUGGUUUAUGAACAUUCACAGGGCAUUUGGGUGCCUUGUCAUUCUUGGGGCAGGGCAGAGCAAAGUUUGUGUGACCCAGAGGUCACCUCAGGAUAAAGCAUAGAGCAUGCAUGCCAGUGGGACCUGACAUGUCCCUGAGCAAAAAUCACACAACACUUAUGGGAGUGAGCAGACAGUUGUGAAAACAAACAAACAAACAAACAAAAAAAUAAACCCAAAUAUUGCUUGUUAUCCAUUUUUCUUUAUCCAAGUCUUUCUGUGAUAAAAGGAUCACACAGAUCUACUGGGUUGUUGUGUUGAUCGGUGUGGUUUGUUGUUGUGGGUCUGUUUGGCUAGUUCCUUGUCAUAGUAACUACAGGAGAGGUUAUUUGGCAGUUGGGAUGCAUUUUCCAUGGAGAGGUUCCGGGCCUUUGUAAAGAUAUUAAAACAAGAGUGAAUGUUUAGGGAAUCCCCUUUCAGGACAAAGUACUGUGGCUGCUGUGGAGAGAUUGCUGUUAUUAGAGGUUCAACUGUAUUAACCCUUUAAGCCGUAACAUCAAAAUUCAAAUCCCCAUUCGCUGUCCCCUUAUGUUUCCUGUAAAAGAAAUGGCAAGAAGUUGUUGAAGUGUCAACUCAUUGUAUUGUGUGGUCAUCUCCUUUAUUCUCAUCACCAAUCUGUUUUAUAAACUAUUGAAAUCACAAGGAGAAUUUUGAUACUGAUCACACUUAAAAGGGUUAAGAUACUUUUAUGUGGACAGUGCUGAAAACAUUGCUAAAAAACACUUGCAUUCUUCCAGUCUUUAUCAUGAUUAUUCAACUCACCAACUUCAUCAAUUAUAGGUGAACUCUGCUGGGGUUGAAUUCCUAAGAACCAUAUGAAGGGAGAGAGAAAGAAAAUUUUGUCAUUUACAUCCUCCAUAAAACAUGAAAUAAAAAUUAGCCAUUUUCAUGAUGAAGUCAUGCAGAGACAGCACAGAAAUGUACAAGAAUAAUGUGCUGCACAUGCAAGGUUUCUGAGUUUUCUUUUUGUUUUCCUGAUGUUCUCAUUGCUGUUGUCAUAGUGAUGUCCUGAACUCCGUAUUUUUAUUAUUCCACUGCUUUUUCUAGUUAAACCUGAACAGUGUUAUUGUGUUGAUUUCUCCAGGUUGUUUAAACAUGAAUUUCUACCUCUUGGUCUUUUAGAAUGACCACAUCUGUCACAAAGUGCUGAAAAAAUGCACCUUUAACUUUCCAGUAAUGCAAUAUCUUUUUCACUGCAGAAAGAGGGCCAGUGUCGGAUAUAUGGAGAAGUGACUGGCCUUACCCCUGGAAAACAUGGCUUUCAUGUUCAUCAAUUUGGUGAUGGCACAAAUGGUAUGUAUCUCAAGGAAAUCGCCUCUUUUCAAAGAAAACAGAGAAGCAAAAAAGGAGGGACUUUAACCUUCAUGGUGUGCUUAACCAUUUAACUUCAACAUUCAAUUUAUUGUUGGGACUUAAGGUAGUUCUUUUUUCGAUUUGGAGGAAAUUCUAUGGUCUCAGCUGUACUCUCACAUGGUACUAUUUCUGUAGUGGAUGAUCUGUGGUUUGACCAUUCAAAUGAAACCCUCUCAUAAUUACUUUCCUGUGGUAAUAUUAAUUUGUUCUUUAAGUAAAGGUGCAUUUUGAACCAUAAGAACAAUGCAGGUAGAGCUUCUAAUGGUUUAGUAACAUGAUGCACCUAGGAGUAUUGGUACUCUCCCCUAACCAACCUUCCCCCUUCCCCUCCUCUUGAACCCAGACAAAAAGAUCCGAAGCCGUGACCACAAGUUGAGACCAAUACACCACAAUAGCUUUGGCUCAAACUUCCAGUCCCGUUGCUUGCAUAUUACUCACUGGCAAAAUAAUGGCUCAGUUUAUCCCAAGGGUGUUCUCCCGCCACUUCCCCCAUGCCUUUUAUUUUGGCAUUUUUCAUUUUUUCUUGGGAAAGCUGCAAAAUUAAUGCUUGAUGGUGGGGCUAAGUAAAUUCAUAUAUUAAUUUAACAGCAACAUAGUCCAGUUAAUGUAUUAAACUAUGAUUUACAGAAAGCAACAAAAAAAGGCAGCAGUCUAACAGUUUUCCAGAUUUUUCAGAUAGUCAAGUUGUUCUUUCUUUGGAGGAUUAAUAGAACUAAUUAUGACAUGACAUGAAAAUUAACUGUGUGGUAUAAAAAUAAUCAUUCCCAUUAUAAUGUUUUUGUUUUUCAGGCUGUACAAGUGCUGGCCCUCAUUUUAAUCCUGAGGGCAAAUUGCAUGGAGGUCCAGGAGAUGAAGAACGGUAACAUUCUGUCAGUUUUCGAGCAAUAAAAUUAUUUUGGUUUUUGGCCAUAUUUAAAGUAUCUCCAACAUAAACCUUUUUCAUAAUGCCGUUACGUACUAGAUUUUGUUGUUUGUAGGUGAAGUAGCAGGGCACAAUAAUGUCCUGAACUUUAGUAGUAUGUGUAUAGUAUUAUUUCUGGUUGACUCCGAUCUUACUGUUUUGGUUUGUGCAGUCAUUAUGGAGACCUUGGUAACAUCACAGCAGAUGAUAAAGGUGUUGCAAAAGUUGACAUAACUGACAAACUUGUCUCUAUUGUUGGAAAGGACUCGGUUGUUGGACGCACUAUAGUGGUAAGCCAAACAUCAAACCUUCAUAUAACAACUUAUCUGCAUUGAGGAAGCUUUUUCUUUUCUAAACAUUUACAAACUUUCAUUACUUGCUGGGCAAAAUACAAUCCCAGAAGAUUUUUAGUGGCUUUGCUAAAUGCUGGUUUUCAAUGGGUAAUUUUUGAAGCAAAUGAUAAUUUUAUUACUGCUUUGGGGUUUUUACACCAUUCGUCAUCUAGAGAACACUGUAUUUUUGUGAAGGUGAAAAAUCUUGGCAGUGGGGUUAUUCCUACAAGUAUUUUCUUUAAGAUAAACAUUAUCUGCAUGCAUGUUUAUGGCACAAGUGUAAACAAAGAAAAACUUGUUGUGGUUUAGUUGAUUUGACAUUAAUUAAACCAGUCAAAUUUUUAUUUUCCUCUGCCUAUCAGAAAUUGGUCUAAAAAAAUUAAUCGGAAUAUAAACGGAGGAAUAUAAGCAUGGCCAAGUGGUUAGGGUGCUAGACUUACAAUCCUGAGGCCCUGAUUUCAAGUUCCCUGUGACUGCUUGUUGGAUUUGUUUACUCUAGCCUAGUCUCUGGUACAACUGCCAUCAAGCCACAUUUUCUAAAUAGUCGACUAGCCUAGCUUUGUGCUGUACUUAAAUAUUAGUACUUACUAGCCUUUGUGCUGCACUUACUACCAAGUAGUGAUCAAAAAUCCUUAUCAGUGUUAAGCUAUUUUCUUCAUUGGUAGCUUCUGCUGCUAUUUUCCUUUUGUGUGGCUUGUGCCCAUCAUACCUAGGAAACUCCUUUGCUCUGACUUUUAGUUCAUUCACACAAAUAAUUAUACAACUGCUAGUAAAAAACUCCUCUUUAGUCAAGAUAUUUUAAUUUGUCCAUAAAUUUUAACCCUGUCAUCAGGUUCAUGCAAAGGAAGAUGAUUUGGGGAAAGGUGGUGAUGUAGAAAGCACCAAGACAGGGAAUGCAGGUGCACGAUUUGCCUGUGGUGUGAUUGGUAUAACCAAGUAAUUAGCGCUACUGACUCUGGACUGACUCAGGACCUUGUAGUUCAUGUUAAGGGCUCAAAGCCUUCAGGCUCAAAGUCUGUAGUAAAAAAGCUAAGAAAUACCAAUAAAGUUGAUUUUAUCAUUUCAGUUGUUUUGGUGCUGAGAAAAUGGUUCAGUUUACUAUACUUUGCCCCUGAAUUUGAAUUUGAUUUUUAGAUGAUAUCUUUUAUUUUUGUUUUUUCAAAAAUUUAAGUUAGAAACACCAUGGAACCCUAUUGUGAACUGUCAGAGUGCCCUACAACUGGGAAAUUCUUUUUGAAAAUUGCCAUUUUCUGUCAAAGGCUUUUUCUUUACUACACCUUCACUUUGUUGGCCCUAGCAGAACUUUGUUGAAAAAGCCUGUUGCUGUAUUGCUAAAGGGUUAUGUGUUUCAUCUACAUAUUGAGAGAACAAAGUCCACAUAAUGUGAAGGUUUGAGCCUAGGAGUCAAUUUCAUUUCCGGGUGAGCGUAGCCCUGAACAAGACUUUUUUUGACAGUGUCUGUUGGAUUAUGUUAGUCACGUUUGAUGUCCUGCAAAGUUACUUUCUCCUUUGCCAUGGUAAGAAUUAUUACCAGAGGACCAGAAAAAUAGGGGGGUGAUAAAUUUUAGGGUUUUGCACCCCAACUCCCUGUUUUUGAAACAGGCAGUUUUGCUGAGAUUCUUUGUUUGGUUAUUAAGGGUCUAAAGCAAAAUUUAAUAAAAAAUUGGAAAAAAGAAAAGAGCAGAUUUUAUUUAAGCGGGGUCUUCACCCAUAUAGUCAUAUCAGGUAUAGCACAGGUGCCCGUAAAUGAAGUAAUAACCUUCAGCACCCAAAAGCGCCGGUAUCGAGGCGACCAGUUUGUUUGCCGAAAUAUAUUUCAUGAAAGGGCAAACAAAAACCUAUUGUGCUUAAUUUUCACCCCUUACUUUAUUAUAUGGCACGGGCAGUGUGUUUCUUAGCAGGAUCUGUCCAAGGAUCGUUAACGUUUUCACAAGAGGUAUGGUAAGCUUCAAGUGUUCGUACGUCUUAUAUUAAUUGAUACCAUAUUUAUAUUCAUAAAAUAAUAAAGCACCGAGAAGCCAUUUAGCUUAAGCUCCUCCGAGCUUGUUAAUGGUUUCCGCAGCUUUUUUGAAGUCGGUGUUAGCGGCCUUUCCUUGUGCGCUCAAAAGGCAAUGAAAAUAAUGGUUUGUGUAAAUUUGGCGCCUUUGAAAUUGAAGCGAAAAUGGCGCGCGAGGACAGUUCAGAUAAAAUUACAUGCUAAUAAGCUUAUUCUGGUCCAUUUCAGGUUUGUUUUAAUACGUUAAUCGCCGGACAAUUGUAAUGAAAAACUAGAAAUCAAGAAAAAUAAGGGGCGUUUCGAGUUUGUCUGUAUAAUAGAAGGGGCGUAGUGUGAAGGUUUGAAGGUGUACGUACGAAAAGAAAGGCUAGUCCUCCGAAGGUACCUUAAACUAGGGGGGUGUGGGGCACGCUCCCGUAGAAAAAUUUUCAAAUUUAAGGCCUCAGAAAUGGCAUUUCCUGCGUUUUCCACCGGACACAAUUUUUAGAAAACAAAUAAUGAAGAAAAAGGCAAUAAUAAUUUAGCUGUGUAUUUAACAUCUCUAGUUUUAGCGGUAAGGUACUGUGUUUACGGGAAAAAAGGGCAAAACAGCUAGUGAUGCCCUCAAGAAGGUUACAAGCAAAGGGCGAGAUGUCUGCCCAGAUGGGCAAAUACACCAAAAUAAUGAGAGAGGUUUAUCAAUCAUCUUGCUUUAAUGAUAAAAGUGCUCCCAGGAAAUGUGAAAUAAACCUUAUUCUCAGUUAAUUUAACGAACAAUCAUGAGCCAUAUUUUGUGAGUAUUUAAUUUCACGAUUUUUAGGGAUUUUAAGGGUUUUUUAGAUUUCGCAGGUUUGAAAUAAACUAGCCCUCCCCCCAGGGGGGAGGCUUAAUCAGUAGAGGAUUUACAGUAAUUAGUAAUUGUGAUAUUCUGUUUGAUUCACACAAACUUGAAUGAAUUGGCUACCCCAAAAUGUAGUCCUCAAUGUUUGGUUGGAAUUUCUUGGAAAAAAAUGACCUAAAAAUAUAAUCUUCACCACAAGAUAAUGUUUCAGGAUUUUUGACUUCAUGGUAGUCACCCAUUGGUGUGGGUGAGGUAAGUUUUUAUGGAUUGUGAGCUAGUGCAAAACCUAAACAAAAUCUGCAGGUUUUAUAACAGCAGUCUGAUAAGAGGCUGUGGAAAGGUCUAGUGGUUGCCCGCCUUCGGGCGACCAAGUGAGUGAGUGUGUGAGUGAGUCUGAUGUUGACAAUUUUUCUGAAGUACAGAGGGUGAAGCUGGAAAUUUUUCAAAGGGUUAGGUGGGAAAUUAAAAUCAGAGGGGAUGCAUGAAAUGAACCGUUAUCUUUUUCUGAUAUGUUCACGACUUUCUUGCAGUACCCAGGUGGAGCUUGUGAAAUUAAAGGAACAUUACAUGGACUGACAGAAGGAAAACAUGGCAUUCAUAUUCUUGAGUUUGGAGAUAUUUCACAAGGUUCAAUAAUACAUGACUCUUCAUCCUUAACAGUUAAUUAGCUAGCAACUCCCUCUGUGAAUUUAGGGAUUAACUAAAGCUGGAUUGGACCUGAUCGAAAUAACUCCUGUAACUCACUAAAUGACAAAAGGUUAUAAAAAGGGUCUCGGCAGGGGUUGAUUGGGUCCGGUCCAAUUCAGGCUUUGUCAACAGCCAUAAAGUUGACACCCAUUAUGAGAUUUUGUAAAUUUGGUUACAGUAAAUUUAUUAAUUUCGGGAAAAAAAACGUUCUGCAUCAUUCAUCUAGGAGUGGGGUAUACUCCCUUGUAUAAGUUGCCAUUGACCGUUUGCAACCGCUUGACAAGGCAGCCAAUUUUUUCUCAGAAAUGAUUUGCAUGAACAUUUUAUUUUUUGCCCAGUGGACUGAAAUGCUUUUCUUCUUGUCAACUAACGUGACUGCUGUGAUGUCAAUUGCAAAUCAGCAAAAUUAUAUAGGCUCAUGUAUGUGUGACCCCAAAAGGUAUGGUUUUCCUCUUUUUGUUCUGAAAUUGGGUGAUACAUUGUUUCAGCCGUUAAUUCCUAAGAUGGGUAAGGUUGCAUUCUUGCUGGAACCACACAGCUGCAAACAUUUUGGUCAUUAGACAAUGUCUGUCUAAAAUUGGCUCAUGUCUAACAAAAUUUGCUAAACUGGCUAAAUUUUUUAGAUCAUGUGUCUUGAAGGGGGUGUAGACUGAUGCAUUGGCCAAUAUCUUGGUCAACUGUCAGUCAGCAUAUUGGACGCUAUAUCGGUUGAGUGUCAGCCCGGGACUUGACCUGUAGUCAGUAAAGUCCUUCAGUCUGUUGGUCAACAGUCAGUUGAUAGUCAGUCAAUACUUCAUCAAGGAUCACCGAUAUAUCAGCACAACUAAGUCAACAUAACAGCUGACACCUCCUCCAACUGUUGUUGGACAAGUCAGCUGAUGUAUCGAUUGGCUAUUGACUGACUUUCAACCUAAGUGAUUACAGGGGCCCAGUGCUAUACUCCUAGGAAAUCUGGAUCACAUGUCUUACAGGGGGUGUCGAUUGAUGUAUCAGCUGAUAUCUUUUCAGUCAACAUAUCAGUUGCUAUAUUGGUCAAGUGUCAGUCGAGACUUGGCCAAGUAGUGUUUACUUUUGGUUGAGUAUCGGUUGACAAUAGGUUGACAGAUCGACUGACACGUAGUUGUGAUAGCAUUGGUAGUGUGUUGGCAAUGUAUCAGUGAACUGUUGGUUGAGUAUUAGUGAGGUAUCGCUGGUCUAUCAGUUGACAAUCAGGAUUGCGUGUACAACUUUUUUCCAGCUGCUGUCAUAGUCAUUUAUUUUAUUUACAUCCGACACAUUGUGAAAAGUUUUCAUUGGCAUUUUUUACUCCAUAGGAGGUACUAGUGCUGGUGCACACUUUAAUCCACUGAGUAAAAGCCAUGGAGCCCCUGAAGAUGAAGACAGGUAUGAUCAAAGUCUCAUGUAAAGGUCAUUUGCAAUUUCCUUUUCUGAUAGUGAUAGUGUUCUAAGUGAAAAGACUACAACUCAUUAGAUUCUUAUAUCUUUUAAAUACAUGUAUUAUGAUACCAUAAUUUAUGUUAUUUUUGGCCUGCAUGUGACUUCAUUUAUUUGGGCUGGUGUAUGACCUCUGGCUGCACAGCAUCAUCCUAACAGUCCCUUUGGCUGAUCAUCUUUUCUUUCAGAGUGUUGAAUUGGGCAAUUGGCAAGAAAGCAAGUUCUUUGGCAAUUAUAUUUUUCUUGUCAUUGUAGACAUGCUGGUGACCUGGGCAACAUUGAAGCAGAUAGUGAAGGCCAGGCAGAAGUAACCAUCACUGAUUAUGUGGUGUCAUUAAUGGGAGAAUAUUCAGUGAUUGGGCGCACUUUGGAGGUAUGUAAACAUCACUGAUUCCUUGCAAAGUGAGAGCUCAAGGCCAGAACUUGGGCAUCCACGGUCAGUAACGAAUCCAUGGGUAAACAAAACUGUGACAAACUUGGCCCAUUUUUUUUUCAAAUCAUCUUUGCAGCUUAAUUAUACAUGAACCUUUUAAGUUGGUCAUAGAGGAGCUCCUCAAGAGUAUUUUGGUUUGCUAUAAAACACAUAACAAGCUAUCCCAAUUGUAGGCUUGUCCCCUACACUUUCAGUCAUUAUUGAAACACUUGCGAACUUCUUCUCCCCUUCUCCUUCAGUGUUGAUUUGGAUUGCCCAAGCAAAUGCACGAAACUUCCAUUGGGGGAUAGAGAGGGAAGUAAUUUGUGUAUUCAUAGAAUGACUUAGUUUAUAGGUUUAUCUCACACAAAAACUGAAUCUUAUUAAUCCUGCAGUUUCUACCCACUGAAGUCAGAGCGGACUUUCAAAACUAUAACUUAAGUUUGAGUCCAAGGACACAUUAUUUUAGAAUUGAAAAGUCAGCCUUUGGUUUUCUCUACAGGUUUGUGAAGGAGUAGAUGAUCUUGGAAGAGGAGGGCAUGAGCUGAGUCUAACAACAGGAAAUUCAGGGGCUUGUUUAGCAUGUGGUGUCAUUGGCAUUGCCAAAUGUGGAGGAAAUAUAAACUCCUUACAAAACAGUUCUACUGCAAUUCAUGAUUCCUCUCAAAAUAGUUUAAGUGAUGCUUUUUGAGUCCUGUGAAAUAACAUCACUAAAAACAUGGAGUUUAUGAGAACUUACACUGUAGGCAGUUCUGAGCUCACCCUGCUAUUUAGUGAAGUCUCAUUUUGUCAUCUCGAGCGGGAAGGAAAAAAGGAGGUUCUUCCUGAAUUGCACCAAACCCUUUGAGGUUUCAGCAGCCCAAAUUUCUGGACUAGUCAAUCUUGUUUACUUGCGUCAAACUGGUUUUGUGAGUGCAAGCAGCAAACACAUGGCUAUUAGGCCUGGGUUUGAAAGUCUAACCAAGCAACAUGCCACACAUGCUUAGAAAAGAUUUUAUAUGUACUUGAUUUAUGCAGAGUCUUUCUUGAGUACACCAAAAUCAAGCAAGUGAAAGAAAGGUUCUGCUAGGAGCUGAGGGUGAGCUGAACUAGCAAUGCUUGCAUGGAAGCCAGUGAUGACCCACUUCUGUUUUGGGGGAACUAGGAAAUCCCUCAGGGGGAAUUCCUUAAAAAGGGGACCGGGAUGCUCUUCAUCCCGCUUAGGGGUGUAAAUUGCAAAUUUUGUCUGACUUAUGGUGUUCAGGACAAAAAGCCAAUGUUUUUACCCAUACCGGUACAUGUAUUGCUUGGUGUUCUGUGCAAAGCAAUAUCUGUAUAAACAAAUACUGUCAUACUGUGUUUAAGACAACACUAACAUGAUGUCGACAUCUUUAGUGCUGUUUAAACCACUGUUUAUUUGGUUGUCUGUUUGUCUCUUUGUAGGGACCAAAAGUUUGUGCCACACCCAAACUGGUCUCUUUUCGGGGGUUGAUUUUAAUUUUCUGCCAAUCAACCCUGUCUCUUUUCACAUGGGAGUGCCAGGUACCUCCUUGGGAAAAUCUUUUCUUUACACAGCACCCAAAAUUGAGCACCCUAAAACAGAGCUUGGAACUUUUUCCCUUCCCCCUCCCUGGAAAUUUUCUGAGAGUGUAGCUUUUCUUACCAGCAAGGUUUUUUGCUGGUGCUAAUGUAAAUAUCAAUUGAAUAUUUAUUUGACAGGAUGCUGUAAGUGUCACUUGUCACAAUUAUUUUUAACGUGUAUAUACUAAUAUUCCU